AUGUACGCUCUAGUUAGAUUUCUGAAUGACCAUGAUAGGAAGAUCUACACAAUUCCUGGCACUAGAAUUAGAGAGUUUAACCCAGCAGAUGCGGAAGACUUCGAUUCCCAGCUGGUGUAUUCUGCACUUCGGGACGAUCCUGACAGUGAAGAGACCAGCGGACAUUAUCCUGCACAAAUCUUAAUGAUGGCAGAGACUCAAGACGCGCUGCGAGAAAAACAGCUUUCCAAAAGGAUACGAAAAGCAAGAAUUCAUGCUUCUGAGUACGAGAAUGAAGAAGGAAGUGAGCCAGAGCAAGUGAAAUCCCAAUCAACCGUGCCGCGCAAGGGGAAGGCGAAACAGAAGGAGCAGCAGCAAGCUGCGAAAAGCAAAGCAUAUGCUGGAAUCCUUAAAGCCCAGCUUGAGAAUGUCAAGCAAAAAAACAAGGAGUAUUUAACAUCUUUGCAGGCUCCCAAGAGAUAUAAACGAAACAGUGACACCGACGAGAGUGGUACAGACGACUGCCUUGUGGCAUCGUCAGAACUGGCGCUGGCCAAGAAAGAUGCCGGGCACCGGCGGCAGCGCUACAAAGAAAAGUGCCUGGAGAAUGCGAGGCUUCAUGAAAUUAUCAAAUCUCAACAAGCAUGCGUUGAUGGGAAGCUCCUCUCAAUGCACAGACUACUGGAGGAAGUGAGAGACCAGCCACUAAGCAAGGCUCGACUUCUGAACAAAGAACAGCAACAGAACAAGUCCCAAGCACUCGGAAAUGAUCAACCCAUCCUCGAGUGCAGUCCUGGAGCACCAAAUUUCAGUUCAUGUGGCAAUGGCAGGUUUCACUUGAAGGAUGGCGUCACCAUCAGCGAAGUACAGGCCGAUAAUAUAUUUGACUCUAAGAAAAACAAGCCUGCACUAGCAGUCAAGGAGAUUGCACAGGCCCUGUGGGGCUCAGAAUUGCUUGCACAGAGGACCUAUGGAGGUAAAGUGGCCCCCAUAGACAGGAAUAAUCCUGAUGCGAAGCCACGGAAGGAGCUCAGCCCAAACAAAGUGUCCCUCGUCAUCAGAACACUCAGCCACUGGGGAAUGGCGAAGAAGAUUGAUGUGGCUCCGGCACUUGCAAACCUCUCGACCAUACUGUCCGAAAAAAUACAGGAUGCGAGAACAGGCAUGAAGCGCCGGAGCGUGGCCGCAGAUCAGGACUUUGACGACUUCGUGAACGCCGACGCAGACGCGGACACUGAUACAACAGAAGUUCUCGACGACGAGGAGAUAGUGCAGCUUGUUUCCGGCGCACAAGAAAAGUAUGAAGAAGCGAAAGGUCCGGAUGCUGUUAAAGCUCCUGUGCCCACCCCAAGCAAGGUGAUGGACGCCGUCGACCCUCUGAGGCGGUUUGCUGGGGCGCACGAGGGUGCCGAGGACGCUUUGACCUCACUCGCCAGCUAUGAGAAGUGUGCGCGCCCGCUGCUCACGAAACGAGCGCAGGCGAAAAUCACGAGCUUUUUUGACUAG